AUGGACUACCGACGCAUGGCCAUCGAGAAGGAGGCCCCCGAAGAGGUGGGCGCUGUCAUCAGGUACAAUCUGUCCGAGAGCGCCAUCUCCGACCAAACCCUGCAAAGUCUCCAGGUUACGAUUCCUGCCGAUCUCGUCCUGACAUACACGGAGCACCGAGGAAGCCAGAGGAUCCGAUCAAUCAUCUCGCAGACAUCAGGUGGGGCAUUAACGCCGGACGACAUUCUCAUCACGGCGGGCGCGUCAACAUCGCUGUUCAUCGUGGCCACAGCCUUGCUCCGUCCGCAGGACCACCUGAUCAUCACCCGGCCCAACUACGCAACGAACCUGGAGACCCCGCGUGCGAUCGGCUGUCAGACGACGGUGGUCGACCUCGCAUUCGAGGAUGGGUUCCGCCUCGAGCUUGACGGCAUUGCCCGCGCCGUUCGCCCGGGCGUGACCAAGCUGAUCAGCAUCUGUUCCCCCAACAACCCAACCGGCAGCGUCAUCCCCGCAGAGCAGCUAGUCCAGUUGGCAAGCCUGGCCGGGGCGCAUGGCUGCUACCUGCUCGUCGACGAGACGUACAUCGAUCUGACGUACCCCGGGGCCGGCGAGUCUCCUCCGCCUCCCAUGGCCGCCACCCUUGGAGACCAUAUCAUUGGCGUCUCGUCCAUGUCCAAGGCGUACGGGGUGCCUGGGAUCCGGGUCGGGUGGCUAUCUACCACGAACCCAGAGCUGCAAGAGUCCUUUCUCGCCGCGAAAGAGCAGAUCAGCAUCUGCGGCAGCGUUCUGGAUGAGCUGGUCGCAGAGCAAGUCCUCGCGCGCCGUGAUGAACUGCUGGCGCAGACCAGGGCGGAGAUGAAGCGUCGGCGGGACCUGGUGGCUGCCUGGAUCGAGGCCGAGGCGGACUUGCUUGAAUGGGUCCCCCCGCAAGCCGGCGUCAUGUGUUUUGUCAAGAUGAGGAAGGUGCCCCUCGGAGGCACGGGGGCUUUCUAUCACCGGCUGCUACACGAGCAUGGGGUCUAUGUUGGGCCGGGGCGGUGGUUCGAUCGUCCGGACACGUUCUUUCGGCUGGGCUUUGGAUGGCCGUCGAGCGAGGACCUACAGGCUGGUCUACAAGCGAUAUCCUUGGUUCUGAGGUCGGUGGCUUGA